AUGGAGGCUUUCAAGACUCACGGAGGCGUCAGUCCCAUUCCCACUGUCAUCCCUGAACCAACUCACUACCAAACCAUCGGCCACAAUGGCGUUCGCGCUCUAUGGGUUCUCUUCGUCGCCAUGACCGUCGUCUCCGCCAUCUUCGCCAUUAUGUCAUGGAACGUCGCCGUCCAGCGCCGCAUUUUCUACUUCCUGUCCACCUUGACCACCAUCAUCUCUGCCCUUGCCUACUUCGCCAUGGCUUCCGGUCAAACCUCGUACUUCAACUGCACCAGCGUGCGCGACCACCACAAGCACGUCCCCGACACCCACCACGAUGUCUGUCGCCAGGUCUUCUGGGCGCGCUACGUUGACUGGGCUCUCUCCACACCCAUUCUGAUUGUUGAGCUUUGCUUGUUGGCUGGUGUUGAUGGUGGCCACACCAUCAUGGCCGUCAUUGCUAAUGUCAUCUUUGUCCUCGCUGGUGCUUUCUCUGCUGUCGGACAUGCCAACACUGCUCAGAAGUGGGGAUGGUAUGCUAUCAGCAUCAUCGGCUUCGUCUUCACCAUCUGGCACGUCGCCGUCCACGGCUCGCGAACCUCUCGAGCUCGCGGUACCAAUAUUUCGCGACUCUUUGGCUCUAUCUCUGUCGCUGCUCUCAUCCUUUGGAUCGUCUACAUUGUUGUCUGGGGUGCUGCUGGUGGCGCUUGGCAGGUCAAGGUCGGCACCGAGGUCGUCAUCUACGCUGUCCUCGAUGUUCUUACCAAGGCUGUCCUCGGCCUCUGGAUCAUCACAGCUACUCGCCGAAACCGCGACAUCGCCCCUGAGAUUGGUGGCUACUGGGCCCACGGUGCUGGUGCUGAGGGUACCAUCCGUGUUGGCGACGACGACGAGGGUGCUUAA